AUGUCAAAACUUGCAAUGUUACUGCUAUUAUUCGGCACCACAGCGGUCCUGUGGCAACAGGCUGAAGCGAAGCCAUUUCUUUUCUUACCCCCGAAUUUCUUCGUUUUGACGACGAGAGCACCAUCCACUGACAGUACUUCAUCUUCAAGCUCAACAGCAUACUCCUCCUCAUCAACAUCUUCGGCAUUCGGUGGUAUUUUCCAAUUGCCGAUGAAUAUUAUAAGCCACAAAUUGAAUUUUAUAAAUAGUUUGCUAUCGAGUUUUAGCGGUGGCGCUGGUGCUGGUGGCAAUAUUGGCGGCGGUGGCAAUAUUGGCAAUCUUGCUGGGAGUGGAAAGUUUGGCGGUAGUUUUGGACUUGGCUUUAAAUUCAACACAGGCAGGACAACGGCCAGACCAAGAACAACCACCGAAGAGACAAAUAUAGGUUUUGCGCCACAGUCUACAACAAAUACUCCAAAAUCCUCAACUGGCAACACCAUUGAUAAUAGCCGAGACUCAACAACCACAACAACUACAGAAAACUCGUUCGUUAGUUCAACAACAGAAGGUUUGAGUAGCUCUACAACAAAACCAAAUGCAGAAGUUUCAAGCAUUUCAACGACAGAAAGUAGUCCGUCAUACAGCAGCUCCACUUCGAAAUCGAUUGUUGAUACUACGGCGAGUGUUACCAGCGUUAGGCCCACAUUAGUUGCAGAACAACCCGUGUUCACUGAAACAACAGAAAGAGUUACAAGUAAUUUCGCCACCAGCACAGAGUCUCUUGUGAACACUACGGCGAACACUAUCAACACUGUUAAAUCGACAAUAACACCAACAACCGAAAAAUAUUUCACCGACGUCGAGUCCACCCCAGAGACGGUUUUGAGCUCCACAAUCGGCACUGUUAUCGAAGAAAAGCCAGCGAUUGUCACGACCACCGAAAAAGUUGCCGAACCUGUCACCUUUACCACUGAGCGCAUUGAAGAUAACGGAAGCACUGACGGUGAUGUUGACCGAACAGAUAAGCCGGAAGCGGAAGUAAACACCGAAUCCGUAUACAAUGGGGAUAAAGACAAUGUAACCGGUGGUUAUAACUAUGAAAAGCAUGAAGUGAGCAAUGGCGUGAGUGGGAAUGGUUAUGGCUAUCAGAAACCACGUCCGGACUAUGAUAAUGAAAUUUUCCCCGGUAAACCAAAUAACAUGUAUUUACCCGUUCUAUAA